CCUUUUUUCAUACGAUUGACGACUGCAGUGCGCGACAAGUCAAUGUAAAGAGGUUAAAGCUGUCGAGAGCGCGGACUCACAAUAAGCACAAACCAUCAUUUAACGCUAUACCCACUAGCAUCUACUUAAACACAUAUACGUACGUCGGUUGAUUGUCUGUAGAAGAGCAGCAGCAGCAACAACAACAACAGCGUCGAGAGCAAUGGGCGACUACCACGAGUAUACGGACCAGUACAAGGUGCCGGUAAUAGCAAAGCUGCUGCAUGCGUUACCCCACUACAACAUUACGUUCCACAAAAUUAACAGCACGUUUCGGCCUAAUGAUGAGAUCUAUUUGGAGAGUUUGGGCAUUCUUGGAUCCGUGCCUGCCGCCCUGCUUAUUGUGUCGCUGCUAGGGCUGCUAUUUUAUCUAAUGACACGUUGUUGCGAUCGCAAACCACGUCCUGCCCACUCGAUAACUAGCCUGAAAGUGGCGCUAUCAAUUGUAACGGUGAUGUGCUGUGCUGCCAUCGGGCUGGGUCUUUAUGGAAACGAUGAUUUGCACAAUGGAUUGCUGGAGGUGCUCACUGCUGGACGCAAAGUUGAUAAUUUGGUCACUACCAUACGUAAUCAAACGCACAUAUUGGAGAACACGCUGACGAAUCGUAUACGACCACAAUUGGUGGAAUUGGCUGAUAUUUUUGACCAGCCAGUAUCGAAUCAGACAGCGCUUUCGAAGCUUUUUGUCUCCCUAAACAUUGUUCAGGGCAAUGUGACUUUGGCCACGAAUGCGGCUAGUGAUAUACGACGACCUCUUAUGGGUAUAUCCAUGACACACUUCCUUACGCGUGGCGAUCAAUGGGAGCUAAUACGUUGGCCAGGAACAGUGGCUACAUUGGCGUUGCUUCUCGUGCUCUGCGCGGUACUGCUUGUGGGCGUAGCCAGGCACUCUCGUUGCGCCCUUAUAUUGUUCAGCGUCUGCGGCUUGUUGGCCGUUACUGGAUCCUGGCUAAUGUCCGGGUUAUAUUUAUCUUCAUCCGUGGCUGUGGGUGACUUAUGCAUUAGUCCAGCUGAAUUUCUGGUCUCAACAGCGCCACGCGACUUGCCCACCAAUGUGUUAUUGCAUUAUACCCAAUGCGAGCCGGGGCAUACCAAUCCCUUCACGCAAAGAUUGCGUGAGUCACAGAAUUCAUUGAAUAAUGCUCGCAGUGCAAUGGCCACCGUCAUGAAGAUCUCCCUUGUACUGUUCAAGUCAUCGGGACUGCAACCUAAACUGGGUGCCGUCAAUGCGGAUUUAAAUAGCAGUGAAAGGCUGCUUACGCAGCUUACGGCCUUAGUGGACUGCAAAGCGGUACAUCAUAAUUUUUUGGCUGCUGCACGUGGCUUAUGCGAGGGUGGACUACUUGGCCUGGUACUGAUGCUUAUUGCCAGCUUUAUUGCGGCAAUACUGCUUACUAUAAUGGUGUGGGUGGACUCUCACACUUGGAUCUAUAUUCGAAAGCGUAAUGAUUAUGCGCAGGUGGACGAGCCAUCGUACAUUUCACAUCCAGCUCCGCAGAAUCAUCAGCAAAUGAUGAAUGCGGCGCGUACGCUGCCCCGCAAUCACAAUGGGCACUUCAGUCCACCGGUUAUCAGUGGCUCGCACACACUCCAACAUCCAUCGAAGAGGCAGCAGCACGAGAUGAUGGCCCAUGCGCACAUCCAGCAAAAUAUGCGGGCAAUAGGCACACAUACACUAGGUAGAUUGCCAUCGCAUAACCACAGCCCCACCCAUCUGACUGGUCCAAAUAACGCAUGCACCGACCCACAACGUGGAGCACCACCAACCACACAACAUCAGCAGCAGCAGCAGCAGACACAGCAGCAACAACAACAACAGCCGCCGCCACAGCAACAACCGCAGCUUCAGCAGCAACAGCAACUGGGCCCACAGCCUAUAUACUGCCAUCAUCCACAUCAGCAUCCGCACGCUCAUCCCCAUUCCCAUUCUGCCGCCGUGGCCGCAGCCGUGCAGCAUCAGCAUGCCAUCUAUCAUCAGCAACACCAGCAGCAGCAACAGCAGCAGCAGCAAUAUGGCACCUACACUACAGCGGCAGCGCAUCAUGCCCAGCACCACAUGGCAGGAGCGCCCCCGCAGCAGAGUCAAAUUUAUCAGCAAAUUCCGGCACAUUUGGCACAAGUGGCGCCAAACGGUAACCCGCACUCGAUCUAUCAACCACUCGUGGCUGUCAGCCAGGGCUCCAUUUAUGUGUCCAAUUUGGCCACAAUGCGUCGCCAGAAUAGCCAAGGUGGUCCACAAAUCCCGGCACACAAUCAGCAACAAUCGCAACAGACACACCAGCAGCAACAACCACCGCCGCCCUCUCAGCAGCAGCAGUUGGUGGCAUCUGCAGCUCAACAACAGCAUCAACAGCACCAGUUGUAUCAGCAUCAGCUGCAGCAUGCUGAUUCAACUGGCCUUGAUAUUCAUGUCCCCAGCACAACUAGCAGCAGCGGUAUGAUAGAUACGGCCAUCUAUGAUCGCGACAAGCAGAUUUACAAAUGCUCGACGUUGCGACAGGGCGGUAAAUUUGAUUCCAAGUACAAGCCCUCGAUUCUGAAUUGCCCGCUGCCGGAAAUUCCAAAGGAUGCGGAGCAGCCCAAAGUCGAGUCGAUAUAUCAGCAACAGCAGCAAGCGCAACAUCAGCAGCACGCGCCGCAAAACUAUUCCAAAACGCUGCAGCGACCGCCCAUGAAGCUGCCGCCUCAAAUGAAGGCCAUACCGCCGCCUCGCAUCGGCACGCCGACGACUCCGCCUCCCCCUGUUCAGGUAGCAGUAAGCACUGGCUCCGUGACGGAGAAUGCGCUUCACAAUGGAGGCGACAACGGUGGCAGUGCGGGCGAGGAUUCUACGUUGCCCCCGCCACCACUGGAGGUGACACAGACACAGGCACAUCAAAGCACAGACGUAACACCCCCCAAGGUGCGGUCAGCAGUAGCCGGCGCUAAUGGGAAAGCAACUCUAAACAAUGGCGUAGCCAUGCACAAUGGCAUGGAUGAUGAUGAUGACUUGCCACCACCGCCGCCGGCGAUAUCGGAUGAGUCAAACUAUGCGGUUACUGAACUGUAAACGGGGAGGAUCAGAUAUUCCACAAGGUGACGUUGAUACUCUUAUGGCUGCUGUGCGUACUGAUGCAUGCACAUCAACAGUUGUAAAAACAUUGAAUUGAACACAUUCUUAAAUUAUCAUGUUACUUGUAGUAUACAUAUGUAGGUAUUUUAAUUUUUAUAGUUUUUGGGAGGCUUACAACGAUUAACAGCAUUUAAUGGUAUGAUGCAUUUACUUUUUUGGUGUUCCUUUUGUACUUAUAACCAAUAUACUCGAUUGAUUGAUUUGACUAUACACGU